GCUGCACCCGCGCAUAAUACCGUCGUCGUGAAACAUCAUUGUUUCGAGGGAAAAUGCUGCAGUGCAUUAUUCUGACCCUACUGGGGGCGCUAGUCCUGACGGAGUGCACGGAGCUUCCUGAGGCCUGCAGACCUCGAGUCCCAGACUGUCCGGCGGAAAAUGAGGCUGAGCCAAAUUGUCCCACCUGUUGCUGCACCUCCAGUUCAAAUGUGAAAUUCUACGAUUCGACAUCUGAAGAGCCUGAGUGUACUGCACCGCCAGCCAUCUAUGAAGUCUCCUUUACCUACACCCUGACCGAAGCCUGCUUCCCUGACUCCAAUGCUAGUACAGCAGGAUGGUCUCGACCGAGUGCAUUCUCUCACAACAGUGGCUUCAGACUGUGGGAUGCCUGCAUGGACAAUAUCAGAGAGGGAGUGGCUCUAUUCUCAACUACAGGGAACCUAGAUGGUGUUACUGGUGAAGGUGUUCUUGCAGCUCUGUCCGCAAAUACUGUUUUAGAUGGACCAAUAUUUGACGGAAGUGCAGUCGCAGAAGGUGCUGGUGGAACAUCCAUAUAUCUAACAGUAGACAAGAACCAUCAGCUUGUGUCAACACUCACAAGGUUAACGUCAAGCCCUGAUGAAGUGGUGGGCGUGGCCGACCUUCGUCUGUGUGAUGGAGACAAGUGGAGGGAGAGUGUGAAGGUCUGUUUCGAGCUCUUCUCAACUGCUGCAGCCUCAGACAGAGUGGCUGCCGAGAUGCAGAGGAACAGUGUGCAGGGAAACAGCUGCAGCUUUGGGUUUGUAGAUUUUACUCUCAGUGAAACACAGGUGUUUGAGCAAAGGGGAGAGAUUGCUGAAACUUGUUAUCCAAAAGGUAAGGUAAUAUUGCAUCUGAUAAUCUCUCCUCACUCGCUCAGUUUUUUAAGCCAUUGCUAUGUAGUGUAAACAAGGACUUUGCACUAGAAUUGGUGCAUUGAUAAAAUUUUGCCCACCUGCAACAUUUUAGUUAUUUUUUUGCUUCGAUUGCUAUACGGUUUACUAAAAAACUGCUUGGGUUUGUUGAUUCACUAGCCAUCUAUUUAAAUUCAGUUCCUGAUGACUGCCCAACAAGUCCUACUUGUUCCACUUGUUGCUGCAAAUCAAGUGACAAUGUGGAAUUCUAUAACCCUGACGAACGUGAGCCACAGUGCACUGCCAACCCUGCCAUCUAUGAAAUGAAGUUCACUGGCACAUGGAGUGAAACCUGUAACCCUGGAGACUACAACAGUUACAGUUUUUUCAAUCCAGUGUGGUCCCGGCCUGUUGGUGUCUCCCACAACACCAACUACAGGCUGUGGGAUGCGUGUAUGGAUGACGUGAGUGUGGGAGUUGGACUAGUGUCACAGAUUGGACUGACAGGUGUCCUCGUUCAAGAAUUCACUGCAGCAGGUACCGAUAUCCUCAACUAUACCAUAGCCCUUGACAUGGUAGCCCCGACCGGAGAGCUGUCUCAGAAUCUGACAGUUGAUAAGGACCACCAGUUUGCGUCGGCCAUCUCCAAUAGAGGACCCACUCCCGAUCAGCUGGUGGGCGUGGCAGAUCUUCGUCUGUGUGAUGGAAACAAGUGGAGGGAGAGUGUGAAGGUCUGUUUCGAGCUCUUCUCAACUGCUGCAGCCUCAGACAGAGUGGCUGCCGAGAUGCAGAGGAACAGCGUGCAGGGAAACAACUGCAGCUUUGGCUACAUUGAGUUUAACCUUCUUGAGAUGCAGUCUACAACAGGAGGGUCUGGUGCUGUCACAGAGACCAGAAGUGCAGCAUUUGUUCUGCUGGUUGCUCUACUGCUUCUCUUUGUUUAGGACACAUAGAUUUGAACUGACUGUGUAUGCUAUAGCUAGUACUGCAUCUGUAGACAGUAGACAUCCACAUGCAAAAGCACAUUAAGUUUAGCUAACCUCCUUGAUGUGAGAUUAUAGGAGCGAAACUAUAUAAUCCUUGCAAAUGCAGUCUGCUGGUGCAGGCACACUGACAGCAGUGCCAUGGUUGUUCUGCCUUUGGCUCUACUUCUUUGCGUUGUUUAAAGACGUAGAUGUGAACUCACUCUGUAUAACAUAGACUAUAGACUGUAGAUAUCUGU